AUGAAAGUCUUUAGCUCUCUCUUUGCCAGUCUUGGUCUGGCUUCCUUGGCCGCUGCCCACAUGGAGAUGAAGAGUCCUCCCCCCUUCCGCUCCAGCUUCAACCCCAACACGGGCUACGACAUUGACUAUGACAUUCGCUCGCCUCUCAACUCAGACGGCAGCGACUUUCCAUGCAAAGGCGAUCUCGGCCUCAUUGGUACCAAAAAGGGCGCGCCCGUCGCCACCUGGGCUCCCGGCGGCACCUACUCCUUUGUGAUUACCGGCAACACACCGCACAAGGGUGGCAGCUGCCAGGCCUCGGUUUCCUUUGACAACGGCCGUACCUACAAGGUCGUGCACUCCUACAUUGGCAACUGCCCCGUCAAUGGCGACUCGAGCUACCAGUUCACGCUGCCCAACGACACGCCCUCUGGGCAGAUGAUUUUCGCCUGGAGCUGGUUCAACAACGAGGGCAACCGCGAAAUGUACAUGAACUGCGCCGUCAUUACAGUCUCUGGAAAGUCCCGCCGCGACGCCUCCAUCUCUCUCAACAGCCGCCCCAACAUGUUUGUCGCCAAUGUCGGCAACGGCGUCUGCACCUACGAGGGCACUGAUGUUGAGUUUCCCGAGCCUGGCCCCAAUGUGACCCGAAACUCGCGCCGCCCUCAUGCUCCAGGUCGUGGCAGCUGCAGCAACUGGGGGGGCGAUGGCCAGUGA